AUCACAUCCGAUUUCAAAGCUGUUGGCACCACCACUGAUAAUAACGUGAAGAUAGUGGCCACCUCUGUUGGUCUUGAAUCGCAGGUGUCCAUUGGAAGCUGAAACCAUCUUUGCCUCCAGGUCGUACAAGAGAAUUGGACGUCCAUUGGGAAUGUAACGAUCUCCCUGCAAGCAACAGAACAUGUCAACAUCCUUGUUUCGAUCCACACAACGCUGGAUACCGGUACGAACGCCGUCAACAAUGAUGGCCAUGGUAUCAUUGGAAACAGGCCGGGGGUUGCCGCCUUUGGAGAAGAAAGCAAUCUUCACUUCGUCGUUUACAAGUCGAUUCGGAUUCGCCAUGGUGUUUCUUCCUUAUCCGAAAAAUGAGAAAGUGCCGUUGCUGAUUGCGUUUUCGUUCCGAUUCAAUGCGCCUGGAGGUACCCUGCCAGAGGCGGUACUCCAUUCAUUGGGUUCCUCGGAAUCUUCCGUCGAGCCUGGACGAAUCUUUAAGAGAGGUUCGUGCUGCCUCGAGGAAGAGUCUGAAGCCGGUCAAUCGAUUGUUUGGUAGAGGUAACGUGCGAAAGCAAUCCACAAUUCUCUUUCAUCGAAAGUGAGAGCGAAGGCAACCAUGGACAAUGACAAUCAACCAAUUCUGCAAACUGGCUCUUUUGAUCCGUAUUGCAGUUGGAAAACUCUUGUUUUUCUCAACCCAGUUGAUGACUUCGAAAAAAUGAGUGAAGAAGACCGGACGGUGGCAAUUUGCUUGGAGACGUAUGAUGGCAAACGACGCAACUACAGAGGAUCAGCCACGUUCGAUCGAUUUGCUGGAACUGCCAGUUACCGUUUCUUGUUGUCUGUUCGCAGGGUUGAAAACAUCGUGCAAGAUUAUGGCCAGGUUACCGAGCGGCUCAGUGAACAUCUAAGCAGCUCUGUUGAAAGAUUCGAGCUUCGCCUAACGAAGCGCUUCUCAUGGACGACCGAAACGCACAAAGUAAAGGGCGAGACGACCAGUGGUCGAUGGAUCACGCUGUGCUUCAAUCGAGAUGCAGCAGCUCAAACUCCGGACAGCAUCAAACAGAUUGAUUUGAUUGUACCAAAGUCGAAGACUUCUGACAACGGAAAACUCCUAGCUCUUGCUGUGAAUAGCGCCAAGCUUGUGGUGGAAGCAAACAUUGCCAUUAUGGAAUUUGAGGCGGCAAAAGCGGAGAUGGCACGACGACAACAAGCCACCUAAAUAGUUUGGCCCCAUCCACAUCCAACAAUUGUUCUGUUUCCCAAUAGCUUUUAUUAAUCGUAUGAUAUAGCAUCUUUUUGUUAUCCAGCCAGUUGUAGA